AGCGAUAGCCGUGAAGAAAACUGUGGAGGUUGUGGUGCAUGAUGUUGAUGCAGUGAUUGAUGUCGAUGACGCAAGUGAGGAACAAAUAACGACUACCCGUGGGAGUGUCAAACGUAAAGCGGCUCAGAUCGAUGUAAAUGCAGAAGCGGAAGAACCCGAGAGCGCUGAAAUGAUUGUCGCAGCAACCGCGGCAUCGACUGAGCUUAGCAGUGCAGUGAAAGUACCCCACUACCGACGGCUGCCAUCUGCAUACUCGCGUACGAUCGAGUCCGAAGUGCCUGAUAUCUGUAAGACCGAGCCAUGUCGCCUGGGCAUAGACGAAGCUGGAAGGGGUCCUGUGUUGGGACCUAUGGUAUACGGCACUGCUUUCUGUCCCAUAUCCAAGUUAGAUGAGCUGCGAAAAAUGGGAUUUGCUGAUUCCAAGGUGCUCAAAGAGGAACAACGUGAUGCCUUACUCGAGGUGAUCAAAGACAACAACGACAUAAUUGCCUGGAAUGCCAGGGUGCUAUCUCCACAAGACAUCUGCGGCAGCAGUUUACGGAAAGAUAAAUACAACCUGAACGCCUUGUCACACGAUACGGCUAUCGCGUUGAUUCGUUGUGCUCUGGCCAAAGGCGCAAACGUGACAGAGAUAUACGUUGAUACAGUAGGGCAUGCGGGGAAAUAUCAGGAGAAACUGGAGGGAUUAUUUCCUGGCAAGAAGAUCCGGGUGGAAAGCAAAGCAGAUGCCAAGUAUGCGGUUGUCAGUGCCGCGUCUAUUGUCGCCAAGACUCUGCGCGAUGAAGAAAUCAGGAAUUUUCAAUUCGAAGAAUCCGACAUGGCAAAUGUUGACCGAAAUUUCGGCUCGGGCUAUCCAGGAGAUCCCACUACGAAGGCGUGGUUAAGGAACAACAUGGACCCUAUCUUCGGCUUCCCGGGGUUGGUGCGUUUCAGCUGGAGUACCGUGACUAAGCUGUUGGAUGAGCAUUGCGCCCCUACCUACAUGAACGAUGAAAGCGAAGACGAAGAGGAAAUGGUGAAAGGCCAAAAAACACUAUUCGAAUGUGGUGCCGUGGCUAAGACGAAGAAGUCACGAAGGCACGCCUUCUUCGAUAGGCGGAAUUUCAGCCUGGUCAGCGACUUCUAAUUCAAAAUAGGAGUACUAUAUAAAUAUUAACUCCUUUAGUAGCGUAGUAUAAUAAAACCCACACGUAAUUAGAGCGUCAGUACCGCCCCUGAUUGCUCACCUCGAUCCCACCAGGGAGUAAUAGAUUUGUUAGUAGCCUGACGUUGAGAAAUGAUUA